AUGGGAAGAUCUCCAUGCUGUGAUGAAAUUGGUUUGAAGAAAGGUCCUUGGACACCUGAAGAAGAUCAGAAGCUUGUUAACCACAUUCAAAAAUAUGGUCAUGCAAGCUGGAGGGCACUUCCAAAACUAGCAGGACUCAACAGGUGUGGCAAAAGUUGCAGGUUAAGGUGGACGAACUACUUGAGGCCUGACAUUAAAAGAGGAAAAUUUUCCAAAGAAGAAGAACAAACAAUUUUGGAUCUCCAUGCCAUCCUUGGAAACAAAUGGUCCGCAAUAGCAAGUCACUUACCUGGUAGAACAGAUAAUGAAGUCAAGAAUUUUUGGAACACUCAUCUGAAGAAGAAGCUGAUUCAAAUGGGUUAUGAUCCAAUGACACACCAGCCUCGAACUGAUGAUAUCAUCUCAGGCUUGUCUCACCUAAUAGCACUGGCUAACCUGAAAGAACUUUUGGAUCAUCACCAUCAACCAUGGGAACAAAGCCUAUCAAGGCUUCAAGAAGAGGCCAUCCAAUUGGCCAGGCUCCAAAGCUUACAGCAACACCUCUUGCUGCCACAAGCUUCAUUCACAGAGGCAGAUCCUAACACAGUUAAUAGUAUAACAAACAGUACCUCUUUGAUGAACAAGGACACCACCAUCAAUGUUUCAAAUGAUACUAGUUCUAUGUCAUCUAAUGGAAUUGGCAGUGCCCAAUUCGUUAAUGAUUCCAUCCCUUUCUCUCACAUGCCUGAGUUGAAAACACCACCUUCUUGUUCCUAUGAAGCGCCAUUAAGUAAUAAAGACAUGGUUCAAUUCUAUCAAGCAGAAAGUUACCCUAAUUCUCCAUGGCUUCUUUCGUGUUCAAGCACUACCCCUUCUUCUCCUUCUUCCCAUGUUGUUCCACCAGUUACGACGGAGGUUUCAUUGACUAAUGUGGAAGAUAGUUGCACUAUUUGGCCUGAGAUCCUUCUAGAGGACCCUUUGUUCAAGAUGAUUUCCUAG